AUGAAGUUCUUAAAUGUUUUAGUGCUCGUUUUCGUGAUAAUGAGUAAUUCGCACGCCGAGAACAAACAACCUACAAUUUUAGUGUCAAUAUUGGUUAGAAACAAAGCUCAUACUUUACCUUAUUUUUUAUCGAAUUUUGAGUCUUUAAAUUACCCCAAGGACCGAAUGGCUUUGUGGAUUCGAAGUGAUCACAACACAGACAAUAGUUUAGAAAUCAUUCGGCAGUGGAUAUCUUCUGUUAAAUUUAAAUACCAUUCAAUUAAUACAGAAUUUAUCGAAGAUGGAACUCAAUAUCCAGGUGAACAUGGGCCUGCACAUUGGACAAAUGAGAGAUUCAAUCAUAUUAUUAAUUUACGAGAAUCUGCUCUUGAAUUUGCGAAAAACAUUUGGGCAGAUUUUUUGUUGUCUUUAGAUUGUGACGUGUUUCUGACCAAUCCUGACACAUUGAACUACUUAGUGUCAAAAAAUUAUACAAUUGUGGCGCCGAUGCUCAGAGCCGAAGGUUUGUACUCCAACUUUUGGCACGGCAUGACUGAUGAUUACUACUAUCAGCGAACCGAAGAAUAUACUCCGGUAUUGCAUAGGGAGAACCAAGGAUGUUUCACUGUGCCAAUGGUUCACUCGUGCGUUCUUAUAGACUUAAGAAGAAGAGAGUCUGAUUAUUUAACUUAUGUUCCUAGUAAAAUAGAUAAAUUUGAUGGACCUAACGAUGACAUCAUCGCUUUUGCCAUUAGUGCCAAUAGAAGUGCCAUAACUUUGAAUAUAUGUAACGAACUUAAGUUUGGAUAUAUCAUGGUGCCGUUGGAACAAAACGACCAAUUGAGUAUAGAUUACGAACAAAUGAUCAAUAUGAAACUAGAAGUUUUAAAUGAAAUUAAUGAACUGUAUGUCAACGAUCUCCUAAAGAAGUUUGUUCGCGAGUUGCCAAGAAAAGAUACGUUAGGCUUCGAUAAAAUUUUUAUGAUCAAUCUUUUACGAAGGCCCGAACGAAGGAAAAGAAUGAAACACUGUUUCGAUGAAUUAGGGUUAGAGGUGGAUAUUUUAGAUGCUGUAGAUGGAAAGGCCCUUAAUGAGAGUUUUCUGGAAGAAAUCAAGUUCAUGCCAGAAUUUUCUGAUCCUUAUCAUAAAAGGCCAAUGAAAUUAGGCGAAAUUGGGUGCUUUAUGAGCCAUCUUAAUAUUUGGAAAGAGAUCGUACAAGAAGGUUAUGGUACGACAUUGGUUUUGGAGGAUGACAUAAGAUUUGAACCGUUUUUCAGACAUAAAGUGCAAAAUUUAAUGGCUGAAGUACGACGGAUACCAAACUGGGAUUUAGUAUAUUUUGGAAGAAAGCGACUUCAAGAGAACGAUGAACCGUGGGUCGAGGGCAGCAAUUUCCUCGUACACGCCGGUUAUUCAUAUUGGACGUUAGGAUAUGCACUUAGUUUUAGAGGUGCUAAGAAACUUCUUGACGGUGAUCCAUUAACACGGCUGGUACCCGUUGAUGAAUAUUUGCCUAUUUUAUUUGAUAAACAUCCACAGGAUUCCUGGAAAGGAUAUUACCCAAAACGAGACCUAGUAGCCUUUUCAGCUGCACCUCUUUUAAUAUAUCCUACACACUACACAGGUGAAAAGGGAUAUAUCAGUGACACUGAGGACUCAGUAAUAAUACCCGAGCUAAUCAAGAAUAAUCGUGAAGAUCUUUGA